AUGGGAAGAGCACCAUGUUGUGAUAAAGCAAAUGUAAAGAGAGGGCCAUGGUCACCUGAUGAAGAUGCUAAACUCAAAGAUUUUAUUCACAAAUUUGGCACUGCUGGAAAUUGGAUUGCUCUUCCACAAAAAGCUGGACUAAGGAGAUGUGGGAAGAGUUGUAGAUUAAGAUGGCUAAAUUAUUUAAGACCAAAUAUAAAGCAUGGUGAUUUUUCCGAUGAAGAAGAUAGAAUUAUUUGCACCUUGUAUGCCAACAUUGGAAGCAGGUGGUCGAUUAUAGCAGCUCAGUUACCGGGAAGAACUGACAACGAUAUCAAGAAUUAUUGGAACACGAAGCUCAAGAAAAAGCUCAUGGGAUUAAUAAUACCUAACAAUAAUAAUAAUAAUAAUUUUAUUAAUAUCCAAAAAAAAUCACCCCAUUUUCUAUCUACUACUACUACUACUUCUUUUCAUCAAGCCCAACAAAAUCUUGGGCCUUUAAUUACAGGCCUAGAACAGCCCAUUAUUUCUUCAGCCCAACAAAAUAUUUUGCCUAAUAUGAUGAUUAUGACAAAUAAUUAUAACUUUCCUAAUUUUGGUGCUACAAAUUAUAAUUUGCAAAAUUACCCAAAAUUUGAAGCAAAUUGUUUGCAAAAUUAUUCACAAUUUGGAGAAGUUGCAAGUUGUUCUUCAUCAGAUGGAAGUUAUUGUAGCCAAAUGAGUUUUGGUAAUAAAGAAAUUAAUAAUAAUAUUAAAAGAGAAGAAAUUAUGAGAUUUGGUCAAACUAUUUUUGAAGGAAUUAAUAAUCAACAAUUUAAUCUUGAUUAUUAUGGUAAUAUGGAGCAACUUGCUACAAAUUGUUGUACUAAUGGCAAUAAUGGUAGUACUAGUAUUAGUAGCAACAAUUUGUUGUUGUACAAUGAUGAGAAUUGUAACAAGUCAAAUGAAAUAGGGAUGUUUUAUUAUUGA